ACUGUGUCUAAUCGCUGGGAAGUCUUCAAACUUAUCCAAUAUCACUUAUUUUGUAAAGAAAUAUUUUGUCUAAAUCUGAGCAUUUUGAUUUUAGAACGGGUAAAAUACAGGGCUGCAGCAAUGUGGAUUCAGGUGCGCACCAUGGAUGGCAAGGAGACACAGCGGAUCGACUCCCUGUCCAAACUGACCAAGGUGGAUGAGCUCCGCCUGAAGAUCACGGAGCUGUUUAAGGUGGAGCCGGAGAGACAGAGGCUCUUCUACAGGGGCAAGCAGAUGGAGGAUGGCCACACCAUCUUUGACUACAAUGUGGGUCUGAAUGACAUCGUACAGCUGCUUGUGAGACAAACUCCGCCCCCUGCUGCUCUUCCCUCUCGUAAGGAUAAGGAGGCAGAGCUUUCAGACUCUGACUCGGGGUGUGGCUCGGCCCAAAGUGAGUCAGACAAGAGCUCCAUGCAUGGGGAGACCGAAACGCAGGCUGCUGGCCCCUCUGUGCAGACGGACCUGCCUGAGCUUGUCCACCCGGGGUUCGGGCUGUAUAAGAUCAAUGAGUUUGUGGAUGCCAGAGACCUGAACAUGGGUGCAUGGUUUGAGGCGCAGAUUAUGAAUGUGACAAAGGAGACAAAGAACUCGACUAUGGAAAGCGGAUCUGAGGAGGAAAUUCUCUACCAUGUCAGAUACGAGGAUUACCCGGAGAACGGCGUGGUGCCUCUGCAGGCCAAAGACGUGCGGCCGCGGGCUCGCACUGUUUACCAGUGGCACCAGUUGGAGGAGGGCAUGGUGGUGAUGGUCAACUACAACCCUGACGAGCCCAAGGAGAGAGGCUUCUGGUACGAUGCCCAGAUCCAGAGGAAGAGGGAGACGCGCUCUGCUCACGAGAUCUACGCCAAGAUACUGCUGGGGGAUGCUGGUGACUCUCUGAACGACUGCCGCAUCAUGUUUGUGACUGAAAUUUACAAGAUUGAGGAGGCUGGGAGUGGAGAUCCGCAGGGGGCUGCCUCUGAGAGCCCGAUGAAAAGGUCAAAUGGACCGGAGUGCAAACACUGUAAAGACGACCCCAAGAAGAACUGCCGCAUGUGCAACUGCCACGUGUGUGGAGUCAAGCAGGACCCCGACAAGCAGCUGCUGUGUGACGAGUGUGACAUGGCCUUCCACACUUACUGCCUGACCCCACCCCUCACCACCAUCCCCGACGACGAGGACUGGUACUGCCCAGACUGCAGGAACGACGUGAAUGAGGUUGUACUUGCUGGAGAGAAGCUGAAGGAAAGCAAGAAGAAAGCCAAGAUGGCGUCUGCGAGUUCCUCCAGCCAGAGGGACUGGGGGAAGGGCAUGGCGUGUGUCGGGCGCACAAAGCAGUGCACCAUCGUCCCGUCCAAUCACUACGGCCCUGUGCCGGGUGUGCCCGUGGGCUCGCUGUGGAAGUUCCGUGUGCAGGUGAGUGAGUCAGGUGUUCACAGGCCUCAUGUCGCUGGGAUUCACGGCAGGAGCAAUGAUGGCGCCUACUCCCUGGUCCUGGCAGGAGGCUACGAGGAUGAUGUGGAUGAUGGGAAUGAGUUUACCUACACUGGCUCUGGGGGGCGUGACCUGUCGGGGAACAAGAGGACUGCGGAACAGUCAUGUGAUCAGAAACUCACCAACAUGAACAGAGCUCUGGCUCUGAACUGCAAUGCACCGGUGAACGAUAAGGACGGAGCCGAGGCCAAGAACUGGAAGGCGGGGAAGCCAGUGAGGGUGGUGCGCAGCUCGAAGGGCCGCAAACACAGCAAGUACUGCCCUGAGGACGGCAACCGAUACGACGGCAUCUACAAGGUGGUGAAGUACUGGCCAGAGAAGGGCAAGUCUGGCUUCCUGGUGUGGAGGUACCUGCUGAAGCGCAAUGAUGACGAGCCGGCGCCCUGGACCCGCGAAGGCAAAGACAGGAUCAAGAAGCUGGGUCUCACCAUGCAGUAUCCAGAGGGUUAUCUGGAGGCUGUGGCUUCAAAGGAGAAGGAGAAGGAGAACAAGAUGGAGGAGGAUGAUGUGACUGACACACCCAGCAAGGGGAGAAAGAGGAAGUCACAGGCAGAAGGGAAAAAUUCACCAGCUAAGAACACACCCAAAAAGCUGAAAGUGGAGACGUACAAGCUGACCCCAGAGCAGAAGGCUCUCAUUAAGGAGGAUGAGCUCAACAAGAAGCUGUGGGAUGAGGCCUUGGAGUCUCUCCAGCAGGGGCCGAAAUUUCUGAACAAAGUUGAAGAGGUAUUUCUGUGCAUUUGCUGCCAGGAAGUAGUUUAUCAGCCCGUCACUACAGAGUGUCAACACAACGUAUGCAAGGAAUGUCUGCAGCGUUCUUUUAAAGCACAAGUUUACACAUGCCCAGCUUGCAGGCAUGACCUGGGCAAAAACAAUCCAAUGACCAUCAACAAACCCCUGCAAGCCAUUCUCAGCCUGCUCUUCCCUGGAUACAGCAGUGGACGGUGAUGGACCCUCAGC